CACUGCUCAGAACUCAUACUCCCUGUUCCUCCCCAGGCACAGUCCCUCGGGGGCCGGUGUGUGCCGGUGGUGUGUGAUUCAAGCCAGGAGAGUGAAGUGAAAAGCCUGUUCGAGCAAGUCGAUCGGGAGCAGGCGGGGCGGCUAGAUGUGCUGGUGAAUAAUGCCUAUGCUGGUGUCCAGGCAAUCCUGAACACCAUCAAUAAGCCAUUCUGGGAAGUACCUGCCUCCCUCUGGGAUGAUAUAAACAAUGUUGGACUCAGAGGCCACUACUUGUGCUCUGUGUAUGGGGCGCGGCUGAUGGUACCAGCUGGCAAAGGACUCAUCGUGGUUGUCUCCUCCCCCGGGGGGCUGCAGCAUAUGUUCAAUGUCCCUUAUGGUGUGGGCAAAGCUGCGUGUGACAGAUUGGCUGCUGACUGUGCUCACGAGCUACGGCGUCAUGGAGUCAGCUACGUUUCUCUGUGGCCAGGGAUGGUGCAAACAGAACUGUUGAAGGAGUUUAUGGCAAAACAGGAAGAACCAGAGGAUCCUGUGUUUAAGAAGGCCAAGUCUGAUUUCUCGUCGGCAGAAAGCACAGAAAUGAGUGGCAAGUGCGUGGUGGCCUUGGCAACAGACCCCAAUAUCCUGGACUUGAGUGGGAAGGUGCUGCCGUCCUGUGACCUUGCCCGGCGCUAUGGCCUUCGGGAUAUAGAUGGCCGCCCUGUCCAAGACUAUUUUUCUUUGGGCUACGUUCUCUCUCAUGUCUCCAGCCUGGGAUGGCUGACCUCCUACCUGCCUAGCUUCCUCCGUGUGCCCAAGUGGAUUGUCACCCUCUAUACCAGCAGAUUCUAAGCUCCUGGGCUGCUGUCCCAGCCAACCAGGUCCUCUUGUCACCGAGGCUCAGGUGUCGGGGCUGUCUCGGUGGAACGAGGCGGUCCUCUCGCACACCCAUGUCCUCCUGGGAGAGAGGACGGAUGCCGGGCACCAGUGAGUUCUGGGGCCUCCAGUAGGCUCUUUGUGCCUUCGUCUUCCCUGUCCCUACAGUUUAAUGUUUUGCUGCUAUAUUGAAAAGUCCUUACAAACAGAAGCUAAUAAAGGUCUUAUCUCCCCUUCAA